GAGUACAUCGAAAAUCUCUCGUCUUGUCGCGGCUGUGCACUGCACAAGCUUUUCGGUGAGCUGAGCUGCCGCCGAUGGAGCCGUCGCGGCGGCUCCUGCUGUCCGACUACGACGGCGCGAUCGUGUCGCCGCUGCCGUCGCCGCCGGCGUCUUCGUCGGCGGCCACGCCGUUCAGGCCUGGGGUGGCGGUCGUGGUUGGCAUCCUGACCAGCGUGUUCUCCAUCACGUUCCUGCUGCUGCUCUACGCGAAGCACUGUAAGCGGAGCGCCGCGGAGUCGUCGGGGCCCUACGGGGGCGGCGGCGCGUCCGGCGGGGCGGCGGGGGAGAGGAGGAACUCCGGCGUCGACCGGGCCGUGGUGGAGUCGCUGCCGGUGUUCCGGUUCGGCGCGCUGCGUGGGCAGAAGGCUGGCCUCGAGUGCGCCGUCUGCCUCGGCCGGUUCGAGCCGACGGAGGCGUUGCGGCUGCUGCCGAAAUGCCGCCAUGGGUUCCACGUCGAGUGCGUGGAUACGUGGCUGGACGCGCACUCGACGUGCCCGCUAUGCCGCUCCCGCGUCGACCCCGAGGACGUCCUCCUCCUCCCGGAGCCGCCAAAGCCGUCCACAACUGGACCACCCGACCCGCCGGAGACGAAGGUGGCGGCUGCUACGACCAAAGAAAAACAGGCGAGUUUGGCUCCAGCUCCGGCUCCCUCUCCGGCCUUUAGAGCCUUCUUCUCCGGCCGCCACUCGACGGGGUCAGUACGGGCGCCAGGGCGGGUUGGCCCUGCCUCGCGCCGGUCGGCCGAUCUGGUCGGGGGCGACGGCGACGCGGCGGUGGGGUGUUUCGAGGCCGCCAAGGUUCGCAAAGACCGGGUGCUGUUGAUGGAGCCGGCGGCCGCAGUCGCCGAGCCAGACCCUGAAGCGUUCGACCGACGGUUCGGCCACCGCAUCCUCGUCAGCACCGCGGGCGGCUGCGAGGACGAGACGGCACCGGCGGCGAAGCAGCGGUGGAGCGAGGUACGACCGUCCGAUCUGAUGUUCGUCCGGUCGGAGAUGCUGGUGACCGAAGCCGGCCGGUACUCCUGCUCGGCCGCCGUCCACUCCAGCAGCAACGGCAGGAGCGUGAUCAGCGCGAGGAGCCUAUCGGAGCUCGCCGGAGUCAGCCGUCUGCCGCCCAUCCGCGCCGCCGCGUGCGAGGGCGAGCCGCGAGCCGGGAGCGCGCGUCGGUGGCCGGGCUCGAGCUGGUGGGCCCGGGGCCCGCCCGCCCUUAACGGCCCUAGCACCUAGGCCGCUGUUGCGCGGGGCCCACUUCGCAGCCCGGAAAAGGGCUCCCAUUUUUUCCUCUGCCAAUACUACCCCGCGGCACGGCACGUAGACCACUUCACCGCCGUGGCUCACGUGAUGGGCAUCACGGUAAUUUUCUCUCUCCUCGCCGGGCCAUGGCUGGCGCCAUGCCCACCUCGGAAGCCGCGCCGGCGAUGGGAGAGAGAGAGAGAGAGCGCGGAGUACGUUGCUUUUGCGGGGAUCUCGAGGCAAAUGUGCUGCGGCUCCGGAAUACGGGCGGCCGCGAUCGGCUCCGGCCCCGCAUAUGGCGCCGGCGAGCGAGCGAGGCCACCGCGGGAUCUUCUGCGGCCGUCUCACCUCGCCCUGACACAUGUGAUGCUUUUUGGCGCGUCGCGUCGGCCGGGUCGGGAGGCGAGGGAACCAACCAACCCGUACAAAAGAAAAAGGCUGCCCGUAUUAUGCGUGUAAUUCUUUUGUCCGUGUAAGAGACGAGAAAAAAAAAGCGUUGCAA